AUGACGCAACAGCAGGGAAUGAGGGAAACCCAGGCCACAUCCUGGCAGGAGGCCAGUGAUGAGGUUGGUCAAGAAGCAUCCUGGUUGGGCCUUUGCAUCAUCCCCAGGCUGGGCAUAAAGGAGGGUCCUGCAGGCUGGGAGGAGGCAGACUUGGAGACCAAGGGGAACAGUCGCUCCUUGGGGCGAUGGUCCCUGUUGCUACUGCUACUGGGCCUGGUGAUCCCUCUGGCCACUGGUCAGGCCCUCAGCUACAAGGAGGCCGUGCUCCGUGCCGUGGAUGGCCUCAACCAGCGGUCCUCAGAUGAGAACCUCUACCGCCUCCUGGAGCUGGACCCGCUGCCCAAGGAAGACGAGGACCCAGAUACCCCAAAGCCUGUGAGCUUCACGGUGAAGGAGACUGUGUGCCCCAGGACAACACAGCAGCCACUGGAGGAGUGUGACUUCAAGGAGAAUGGGCUGGUGAAACAGUGUGUGGGGACAGUCGUCUUGGACCCGGCCAAGGACUACUUCGACAUCAGCUGUGAUAAGCCUCAGCGUAUCAAGAGACGGCGCUGGUUUCGCUUACCUUUCCGGGAGUUUCGUGAACAGCUUAGGAGAUUUCGUGACCUACUCCCUUUUCCCUGAUGUAGG